AUGGGUUUAAAAGACGUCACAGCCUCCCCUGGUCUGACGAUGUUUUACUCUGUCCCUCAGCUCACAGCGAGGUUUGGCCACCGAGUCAACGCCAACACAAUCUUUUCCUCUCCACCCGUGGAGGCCCAAUGGUCCAAACGGAACUCCAUUCAGUUACACCAUGGUGGCUCCGUCGUGGCCAACAGCACUGAUUCCAACUCUUCAUCUCUCUCCACCACGGCCGUCAAGAGUCUCCAGCGUGGUCAUGUGCCGCGCGGACAGGAUGAGACCGGCAGCGGGGCGUCGGCCGAGGGCGGGGGCGGAAAUCGACUCGGCAUUACUCAUGACGCCAACCCUGACUCUGCCGAGCGGGAGCAUCUGAUUGGCCCGCCGCUGGGCGCCGGUCUGCCCACCUGGCCGGGGCGUCGCCCCCCGAGCUGGGCGCGGCUCGACUUUCAGGAAGAGGACCAGGAGGAAGACAGCGCCCCCCGUUGGAGGAGUGCAAUACUGAAACCCGACGGGACCGUGCUCCAUGCGGAGGACCUGCAGGUGCAAUCACCUCCUGCUGCAGAAACCUCCCUCCCCUUCAGCCAGGCAGACAGCAGCCCCGCCCUCGCAGUGCGCCUGCACAGUGAUUCUGUCGUCCAACAAAACUUCAACAAUGACCAGCUGCCUGUCCCUCCUCGCCCCCAGGAGCUGCAGGGUGGAGACCCCACCUCCUGGACGCUGUCAGACUUUUAUGACUACCUGUCCCCUGACUACUCCACCACUGAGGUUCUCCCCGACGAGGACCCGCCCACCACGGUAGACAUGGCUGAUGAGAACAUGGUUCCUGCCGCAGGCUCAAACUCCCGGUCGCGGGUCCGCGAUGAUGGAGCGUCUGGGGGGUCCGAUUCUGGAGGUUUUCCAGGAUCUGAUGGCUGUGCCCUAGGAUACACACGUAGCAAUGCCACAUGCAGGUCACUGUGUGAGGUAUUCUCUGGGUACUGCUUUAAUGGAGGACAGUGUUACCUGGUGGAGGGUAUUGGGGCUUUCUGCAGGUGUAAUGUACAGGAGUAUAUGUGGAAUAAGGGCUCCAGAUGUGAGUCUGUGAUUACGGAUUUCCAGGUGAUGUGCAUUGCAGUGGGCGGGGCUUCGGUCAUGUUGCUCCUCCUCUUUAUGGUAAUUGUGUUCUUUGCCAAGCGACUACAUCUUCUCAAGGCUGAAAACAGACGAUUGCGCAGACGCAGUAAGUACCGUCCCCAGUCGGAGCAGUUGAAUGAUAAUUUUUCGCUGUCGACGAUCGCGGAGGGCUCCCAGGCAAACGUAAGAACACAAUGUGACUCCCUGCCUAACCUCUCCCAUGAGUCCACUUUGGGUUAUUAUGAUAACAUAGCCUGUCAGGAAGAUUGUGCCAAGCUGGAGGAGCCAGUGAAAAGCCCACCCUCCAAAGAGGACGAGUCCCUGAUCAUCCAGAACUCUGUAACGCCCACACACGAGAACGACAAAGUGGGCGGCGAAGACAACGCUGAUGAGGUAAUAUCGCUGCAGAACAACAUGGUGUAG